AUGUCCGCGCACGGCGGAGAGUCUACGCUGCGACCUGAGCCCGACCAGGUGCUCCAGGACAUCGCUGACUACGUCCACAACUACAAAAUCGAGUCGGACCUUGCUUUUGAGACUGCCAGGCUGUGCUUGAUUGACACCAUUGGGUGCGGUCUUGAGGGUCUGAGGUUCCCCGAAUGCACGAAACUCCUUGGUCCUGUUGUAGAGGGCACCGUUGUCCCGAAUGGAACGAAGGUUCCUGGCACAAACUACCAGCUCGACCCCGUUCGUGGAGCAUUCAACAUUGGCACAAUCAUCCGCUGGUUGGACUUCAAUGACUGCUUCCUUGCCGCUGAAUGGGGACAUCCUUCCGACAACUUGGGUGCCAUCCUCGCCGUCGCCGACCACCUUGCUCGCCAGGGCCAACCCCUGACCGUUCGCGACAUCCUCGAAGGCAUGAUCAAGGCGCACGAAAUACAAGGAGGCCUCGCUCUCCUCAACUCCUUCAACCGUGUCGGCCUCGAUCACGUCGUUCUCGUCAAAGUCGCUUCAACGGCCGUGGUGUCCAAGAUGCUCGGGCUUGACCGCGAUCAAACCAUUGACGCCAUCUCCCAGGCAUGGGUCGACGGCCAAUCUCUGCGUACGUACCGACACGCCCCCAACACAGGCCCCAGGAAAUCGUGGGCUGCUGGCGACGCUUGCUCGCGUGCCGUAAACCUUGCUCUCCUCGUCAAGAAGGGUGAAAAAGGCUUGCCUUCCGUCCUGACGGCUAAGACAUGGGGUUUCUACGAUGUCCUGUUCAAGGGCAAGCCGUUCGAGUUCCAGCGUCCAUACGGUUCAUACAUCAUGGAGAACGUUUUGUUCAAGAUCUCCUACCCCGCCGAGUUCCACGCUCAAACCGCCGUUGAAGCUGCGUACAUCAUCCACGACAAGCUAAAGGCCCUUGGCAAGACUUCCGACGACAUUCAGAGCGUCAGGAUCCGCACCCAGGAAGCCGCCGUCCGUAUCAUUGACAAGCAAGGACCCCUGGAUAACUUCGCCGACCGAGACCACGCUAUCAACUACAUGGUUGCCUAUCCCCUCAUCUUCGGAGAACUGACUUCUGAAAGCUACACCGACGCUUCUGCCGCUGAUCCCCGCAUCGACGCCCUCCGUGCCAAGAUUCACUGUGUAGAAGACAAACGCUUCAGCGUCGAAUAUCACGACCCCGAGAGGCGAUCAAUCGGCAACGCUCUCCUUGUCACACUCAAUGACGGAACCGUCCUUGACGAAAUUGAGGUGGAAUACCCUGUUGGACACAAGAGGCGACGCGCUGAAGGUACCCCGUUGUUGAUGAACAAGUUCAAGAGGCACAUCUCGCAUCACUUCGAUGAAGCCCACCAAAAGAAGAUCUUGGACACAGUCUCAGAUGCUUCCUCUUUCUCUCAGCUCCCCGUCGACAAGUUCACUGAUUUGUUCGUAAAGGCAUAG